AUGAUACACAUAGCUAUCGUCGGGGCAAGUCAUUUCGGUCUCUUCUUUGCCCUAGCCCUACAUAGAGAUUCCAUAACAUGCACCAUCUACGGCGUCCGCCCUUGCCCCGAAUCCAUCGGUGAGGCCAUCGUGCUCUCCCCAAAUGCACCGGUUAUCCUCGACAAGCUGGGUGCUUUCGUUCGCAUCCAGCCCGAAAGCCACGAGAUCUAUGACCUCCACUCCGAUACAGCGGCGAAAACGAGGUCGGAAACCGCUUGGGCUAUGGCUACUCCGGCCUGCAUGGCUACCACCACGUUGUGA